AUGGCGCCAACAGCGGCUUGGAUCACCUCCUUACCAAAGCCCGCUGUGUCUCGUGCCACUGCGCCAUCGAUGAAUUCAAGCCCUUCCCGUCUUCAAUCAAAGAAAAGCAACGAUCUAGGGAAGCUUGUGGCCUCCGUAUUUCUGGCAUCAACCAUCGUGAUCGGGGCUCCUGCCGCUUUGGCUGACGAAAUUGGCGUUGAAAGGGACGCGCCUACUCUAUUUACGGGAGAAAAUGUCAUGAUUUGCAAAAAGCGAGGGCCGCUCGGGGCUUGCCUGGAAUCGGUCGUCCGUACGGAAUCAAACGAUAACGACAAGGCGAAACAAUACUUUCGCGAUCCGUCCGAAAUCGUGCGACAAAAGGAAGCAACGUUGCGGGCGGCUGCGGAAGAAACGCAAGGAAACGCAUUGAUUGAAAAACUUCGACAGCAGACGGAAGAUAACAAGGAGAAGAACAGAUUGACGGUUGAACGUAAAACGUUUGAGAAUGAUCAGUCGGCCUCAUUCGGACCUUUCGAUCGGCAAGUUGUGAUUAUGAAUACGGAUGGUCGAACGUUUACUCUUUUAGAAAACCCGCAAGCCAUGCGACUAAAGAAAGCAGGCUUUAUUGAAGGGCGCCAGUUUGUUAAGCAGCCCACAAAGGAUGAUAUUGCCGCCGCACUCGAACCGGAUGGUCCGGGUCUAGCCGGUGCCCUCUUGGGAGUCUUUGGCAAGAACAACAACGCCAAUUAA